UCGAUCCUAUCCCUCCCCCCCGGAUGUCAAAAAAUUGCCUCGAAUCGAUUUGUAGUCAUCCUCAAAGUAGUUCUAAGAAUCCGCGAUGAUUUAACUUGCGUUUUCACUCCCUUUAAAAGUUAAAUUAAAAGUCUCCUCCGAAAUCUUUGCAGUAACAUGUCAUCGUUCUAAAACAGGGUCGUUCUUCUGUGAUAGUCAGAAGCAGCGGAACAACUAAGAUGGAUCCCUGGGUGAUCACACCGCAGGAGCGGGCAAGGUUUGAAAGUCAGUUUCAAGGUCUAAAGCCAAUCAAUGGCAUUAUCACAGGGGAUCAAGCCAAGGGUUUCUUUAUGCUCUCUCAACUUCCACUUCCUGUUCUUGGAGCAAUAUGGGCUCUGGCGGACACGGAUGCAGAUGGUCGAAUGAAUAUCAAUGAAUUUUCUAUUGCCUGCAAGCUUAUCAGUUUAAAAUUACGUGGUAUUGAGGUUCCAAAAGCCAUCCCUCCAUCAAUGAUUCAAUCACUCCAAAUGACAGCUGUUCCAGGUGUUCCAAAACCAGUUAUUCCUCCUGUACCUACGAGCCUGCCAGUUAUGUCACAGCCAUUAGGGAGCAUUCCUCCUAUUACUCCUGCAGUGCGUCCGGCUGUUCCUCCCAUGCCAGCUGCUCCUAAAAUGGUGACGCCUCCCGGCACCAACAUCCCGAUCGUCCCGCCGAACACUGUAGCUACUAGUGCCAUGGGUGUGAUGGGGGGUAUUCCGCCUGUUGGCAUCCCACCGGUUAGCAUCCCGCCAGUCGCAAUUCCUCCGAUCGGGAUCCCACCUGUCAGCAAACCUCCAACAAGCAUGUCUCCUGUUGGUAUUCCACCUCUAUCAUCCGUUGGUGUCACACCGCCAGUGGGUAUGUCACCAGUGACAGCAGCAGCACCGUUGAGUGCUGGUUUAAGUGGUAGCGGUUUUGGCCUGAGUGAUCUCUCUCUCAUGAACGGUGCUCUGCCAGCCAGUAACAUACCUCCAGUAUCUGGAACCCCCUUGACAUCAGUGCCAGGUGUUGUUUCGCCUCCAGGUGUGCAGCCUCUGGCUGGUUCUUUGGUCUCUCCUCCAGGCAUUCCUUUGGCGCCCACAAAAACUUCUCCGCCAGGUGCUCCUGGAGUCCUUGAAAAGCUUAGUUCUUUGGAUUCUCCACCACCAGCAGUCCAAGCACCUGUGGAAUGGUCAGUGCCACAUGCCUCAAAGUUAAAAUACACUCAACUUUUCAACACACAUGACCGGACACGGUGCGGUUUUUUGUCCGGAGUUCAGGCAAGAGGCCUAUUGGUCCAGUCUCAGUUGCCUCAAGCCGACCUAGCAAAGAUCUGGGAUCUCUCUGACAUGGAUUCUGACGGCCAAUUAUCCUGCGAUGAGUUUGUUCUGGCGAUGCAUCUCUGCGAUUUAGCUAGGUCAAAGCAGAAAAUCCCUUCGCCCCUUCCCAUUGAUCUCAUUCCUCCUGCAUUCCGAAGGCAGCGACAAAACAGUGUUUCUGCAAACAAUGAUGUACCAGACCCAUUGGCCGGCAUCAGUCAAACAACUUUUGAAGAUAAAAGAAAAGAAAACUUUGAAAAAGGACAAGCGGAACUAGAGAGACGAAGGAAAGCCUUACUAGAAAUUCAGCGAAAGGAACAAGAAGAACGGGAAAGAAAAGAAAGAGAAGAAGCAGAAAAGCGAGAAAAAUUGCGAUUGGAGCAGGAAAGAAAGCGACAGGAAGAGUUUGAAAAACAAAUGCAAAGACAGAGAGAAAUAGAGGAAGCCAAAGAGGAAGAAAGGAGGCGAGCCCUAGAACAAAAAGAAGCAGCCAGACGUGAAAUGGAACGGCAAAGGCAACUCGAGUGGGAAAAGCAACGAAUCCAAGAAUUAGAACAACAGAGACAAAAAGAACAAGAGGCUGUCCUCCGCAUGAAAGCCAAGAAUCAAAAUCUCACCAUUGAACUGCAGCAACUGAAUGACAAAGUCAGAGAACUUUCUCGGAAAAUUGGCGAUACAAGAGCAGGAGUAACAGGUGUAAAAACAACAAUUGAUGGAAUGCGCACGACUCGAGACACGCAAAUGAACGAAAUGUCAACAUUGAAGGCCAAGCUGAAAGAUCAAAACCAACGACUGAUAGUUUUGAGUCAAGAGAAGUUACGACUUGAAGCUAAAAAUAAAUUAAAUCAAUCCAGCACAGAUGCAGCCGCGCAGGAACAAGCAAAAAUCGCUCUGAAUAACAAACAAAUUGCUUUGAAACAACUGCGUGAGAAAUUGGAGGAAAUGGAAAAAGAAGUAAAGAGCAAGGAAGAAGACAUCAACAACAACAAUACUCAACUUAGCGAAUUAAAAGACCAGUUACGUAGUCUCAUAGCAGAAUGCGAAGAUCUCUUUAUUGUUUACGACGAAAAAAGAAACAAGGUUUUAGAGCUUAAAGGAAAUCGCAUGAAAUCUUACAACUGGAGCACCGAUGCUGCAUGGGAUUCGGCUCCUACAACAUGGUCAGAAGAUACCACCGUCGAAGUAAGCAACUACAGAAAGUACAGAGCUCUCUACGAAUUCGUUGCCAGAAAUGGAGAUGAGCUCUCUUUCCAACCAGGUGAUGUCAUAAUGGUACCAAUUAGUCAAAACGCCGAACCAGGAUGGCUGGCAGGAGAAUUGCGGGGUCAAACAGGAUGGUUCCCUGAAUCUUACGUGGAGCCUCUAGAAGCCAAUGACAGUUAUUCAACAGCCAACGGGCAUACUGAUGAUGCUGUUACUCUCAAUCGACCACUCGAGGGCAUUGCGGAAGUACCCGAGAACUUAUCCGAUGCGGGCUCCGGAAUUGAAGCUGCUGAAGGGGCUCCUCCAAUUCAAAACGAAGAUGCAAACCCCAUCAUUGGCUUGGGCACCGCUGUCAACCUCAAAGCAGAGGCUCUGUACACAUUCAUAGCACGCAAGAAUACUCAUUUGAAUUUCAAUAAGGGUGACAUCAUCGCAGUCUCUGAAAAUCAGGAUUCCUGGUGGUACGGGGAGUGUAACGGUCAGUCCGGGUGGUUCCCUAAGAAUUAUGUUAAAGCAAUUCCAGAAGCAGUUGAACCUGUUGCUGUUGAUUAUGGCACCGCUGACUCGGGACUCCAAGAAUAUUAUAUUGCCGUUUAUCCAUAUCAGUCAGUGGAAGUCGGCGACUUAAGCUUUAAUCAAGACGAGAUUAUUCUAGUGACAAAGAAGGAGGGAGACUGGUGGACUGGCACCAUUGAUGACCGCACAGGAAUUUUCCCAUCCAACUAUGUUCAGAAAUAUGAAGCCCCACCUGAGGUGAAACCUGUCACAUCAAGCUCACCAAUGCCAGACAGUUACUCAGCAGCACCAACAACAACCCCACCAAUCCUCUCACAACUUGAACCUCAGAAAACCGGUGGAAGCAGUAGAGCAGUCACACCUGAUUUCUCUGCAUUUGCCUCUAGUCAGGUCGAAGGGAGUGCUACGGAAGAAAGCGAAACAGAGGAAAAGAAAACAAAAGCUGGUAAAAAACCGGAAAUAGCAACUGUCAUAGCGCCUUAUCAAGCGACCAGUGCCGAACAGCUGAGCCUCCAGCGAGGUGAAUUUAUCAUGAUCCGAAAAAAGACUACUACCGGUUGGUGGGAAGGAGAAAGACAGGCCAAAGGCAAAAAGCGCCAGAUUGGAUGGUUCCCUGCCUCGUAUGUCAAAAUAUUAGGUGAAGGAGGGAGAAAAGGCUCCGUCUCAAAAUCUGAGGAACGCACCCCUGAAGUCAAAGCGGUAGGUGAUAAGUUCAUUGCCCUCUUCGACUACAGUGCAUUAAACGAUGAUGAAGUAAGCUUUAAGAAAGACGAUGUGAUCACAAUUAUCAGUAAAGACGAGCAAGCCUGGUGGAAAGGCGAAUUGAACGGGAAAGUUGGACUCUUCCCAAGCAACUACCUAGAAGCUCUCUUGCCGUCUUCAUUUUCUCCAUCGCCGUCAGCAACCUCUUCCCCAAACGCAUACAAUGGAAAUUUGAGUAAGGAAGAGAUGAAGCGGCAACAGCACAUUUAUGAGCUGAUCUCAACAGAGCAGGCGUACAUUGAAGACAUGUCUGUCGUCCAUGAAGUGUUUGAGCGACCGCUUGGUGAAAGUAAAGUACUCACUCCAGAGCAGCUCAGUCAAAUCUUUGUCAACUGGAGAGACAUCAUCGUUUGCAACCAAAUGUUUCUCAGAGCCCUACGUAUAAGAAGAGAAAUGAGUGGUGGUGGUGUCAUCCGUAUGAUUGGAGACAUUCUAUGUGAACAUUUGCCUCGCAUGACGCCAUACAUCAGGUUUUGCAGCUGUCAGCUGAGUGCUGCAGCUCUGCUUCAACAUCUGACAGAGACAUCUUUUCAGUUCCAACUUUUGUCGAAGAAGUGCCAAAGUGACCCCAGAACAAAAGGAAUGCCUCUCAGUUCUUUCCUCAUCAAACCUAUGCAGAGAAUUACCAAGUACCCGCUACUUAUCAAAAAGAUAACCGAGUACACACCAUUUGACCAUCCAGACAGACAAUAUCUUGAAGAGGCCUUAACAAAAGCUGAAGAAUUCUGUACUCAGGUAAAUAAUGGUGUGAAGGAAAAAGAAAACUCAGACAGGUUAGAGUGGCUCCAAAAUCACGUCCAGUGUGAAGGAUUGCCAGAAAGAUUAGUUUUUAACUCACUAACAAAUUCAAUGGGACCUCGCAAGUUCAUUUUACAUGGUGUUUUUACGAAGACCAAAAGCGGGAAGGAGCUAGUUGCAUUUCUUCUGAAUGACAUGAUUCUGCUGGCCCAGCAUGUCUCAGGGAAACCCUUAAAUCGGCAAUUUUCGUUUGAUCGGCAUUCCUCUGCUGUCUUUAAAAUUUAUAAGCAUCCUUUACUAUUAAGCGAAAUCAAAGUUCUGAGUAACAGCUCUGAAGCAGAAACCUCAGAGUUGAGGCUGGAAUACAAUAAAGCUGUCAUUUCAAUGAAUGCAUCCUCAGUCAAUGAACGCAACCUUUGGCUCAAAAAAAUAAUGGAAGCCAAGAAAGAACUAGCUGCUGGUGAAAAAACUCAGCAGGAACAGCAAGAAAUCAAGAAAGCUAAAUUUGGUGCUGUCGGAAGACUUUUGAUUGUUGUGCAGGAAGGCUCUAAACUUAAACUUUCUCCGAAUGGAAAAAGGGCUGCGUUCUGCGAAGUGAGCAUGGGAUCACAGCACCAUCGGACACCAGUUGUCUCAAACACAGGAGGUGAUAUUAAGUGGAACACAUCGAUGCAAUUCCUCGUUAAAGACUUGAACGAAGCUGUGUUGUGUGUUACUGUCAUGGACAAAGGCUACUUUUCCCCUGAUGAAUUUUUGGGAAGAACAGAACUACCAGUGAUAGAAGUUUACCGCUCAACCCAAGGGACGCCAGGUCCAGUGGUGAAAAAAUUGCGGUUGCGGGAAGUGGAGACGGGUGAAGUCUCUUUGAAGCUGGACGUUCUCUUGUUUGAAUCACACUCUAUGGAGUUGCGAUAACGUUGUCAAGUCAGUUGUUGCUCAUGAAUAAUUUACUUAUUACGAAAAAUGAAAAAUCGCAACAAGUAAAAGUUUAUUGAUAAAAAAAAUCUGUGAAAAUUGAAGUAAAGUGAAUGGGAAAUUGCAACUCAUUGAGUUGAAAGUGCUGCUCUUUGAAGAAACAACAUCCAUUGGGAAAUUAAAAGAUUUUUAAAAGGCACUUUGUAAGAAAGUUCCUGUAGGCAACUCUUAGAGUAUGCUCAUCCUCGAUUAGAGUAUAAUUUUCCUUUUUUUUUCCCAGAGCCGUUAAACAUUUUCUUUAAAUUACAGUAUUAAUUUUGUGUGAUGUUUUAAUUUUGUAAGAUUUUUGUAUGGCAUUCCAUGGAAUUGAAGCAUUUUGUGAUGCCAGCAGGUAAUUAAUACUUCUGUCUUUAAGAUGAACAAACAAGAAUCAGUAUUUUAAAAUAUAUUUAAGUCUUCCUUCUUUUUUUUCUGGUUGUUAUGAGCAUAUUAUUUCCUGUUUUCUGUGUUACCUACAUGUUUUUUUAAAUUUGAUGCAAUUUCAUCUUUCCCCUGUGCUGCUAUUAGAAUAUGUUCGAUUGUAGAUUGUAAGUCAGACCAAAAAGUUAGGUAAAUGUACAAAGUAAGGAUAUCAAGGAAUUUUAUUCUGUAAAUUUUUUCAAGACGUCAGCAUAUUUAUGCUUAGCUUUGCAUUUAAUUUGUCCCUCCAGAGUUAUGAUCAAAUCAUUAGGUAUUGUAACUAUUUUUUUCAUUUUUUUCCUUCUACCCACCGUUUAUCAAGCCGCCAGGCCUUCACCUGGUAUAUUAAGCACUGUGCCUAACUCAUAGGCCCAUCGACUGCUUUUUUUAUGUUUUAGUGUAAAAAAAAUACAACGAAAGGGAUCUUUAUUAAAUGCUAAUCUCAAGCUGCUCCAAAUCUCUCUAGCGAUACUUUCAUAACUAUACUGGAACGAGGUCUCUGGUAUCAAGUAAUUUCAAGCCAAAAUUUGCCAAUUUUCCUUUGUUUUAUAGUUCAUCCAAAUCUAAGUUUAAGCAUUAUUUAUAAUUUUAUUUUUGUCAGCAGCUACACAUGAGUUGUUGAACCCAAAAAUGUCCAUCAUAUAGUACCAGAUGGCCAAGAGAUGACAGAAUGAGUGUUGUUAAACACUAAAGGAUUUACCCGUUUUCCAAGAUGGCUGCCAACGAUCUGGAGAUUUUGGGUUCUUGGCCAGGAGCUGGAAUACUGAUUUGUUAUUGUAUAUAUUUAUGUCGACGUCAGAACAUUGUAUUGGUCAGCGAGACAAACUGGGUACCUAAUUGAGGGCAGUCAUUUUUGUCGGCAACUUUGUUGGGUUCAACAACGCAUCUUAUAUGAGGCCUUUAUCACUAGGUGCCACAAAUAAUAAUUGAGUACUAUUUGUAUGUAUCAUUAUUCAAUGAUCAAUUUUUGUUCCUUUGAAAAAGUUAAUUUUAUCAUCGUAGAAGUAUCCUCUAAUGAUUGCAAUGUUAAGUUUCAUGAAUUUCUGGUGAUAAAAAAGUAGCUACAUUGUUUUUGUUAUCUGUUGGGCUUUUUGUUGGCUGCUGCCUCCAAAUUUUGUGAAAGAACCUGUGUCUAUCGUUUUUUGACAGGAGUUAUCAUAUCAUAUUUGUUGCGAAUGUAUUAUUUACACGAAAAGACUUUUUAUAUUUUAUUGAAGAUUCAAUUUUUGUUUCUUUGUUUUAGACAACAACAGUUUAUUAAUAAUAGCCCUAACUCAAAGUUUACUUCCACCAAGGAUUUAAUUUAUCACUACCUAGAGGUAGGCAAUGUUGUAAACAUUUAUGUUCAUAACUAAGUUUAUUAAACAACAGAAAGAUGCUUUGGCGACCACAAAAAGAGUUUUUGCCUCAUUUUGAUACAAACUUACGAGUCAAUAGAGGGGAUCCUGCCGCUUUGGAGAAGGAUGCUCUUUGCUCAUGGCUUGAAAUAUAAUGUUUAACUCUUUUAAUAUCCUAGUUCCUCGAUCCAUCCUCACCAGGAGCCUAACCCCACCAACCUCUACCCCUCCCCCUAAAUUCUUCAAUGCACGUUGUCUUUUAGGAACUGUUCAUAGAAGUUAAUAACUUAAAUUGUAUAAAAAUUCAACUCCUGAAUGUUUACAUUUCAGUGCACAUCAUUUCCAACGGAAACAUGACUUCAUACAUUCAGUGAUAGAAAAGUCAGAGACUCUUCUAUACACUUUGCUUAUCAUGACAACAUUUAGUACCUGUGCUGUUUACCUUAUGAACUUCUAUUUUUUGUUGAAAUGGUGAAAAUAUUAAUUAAAACCUGUCAAUCCAUUAAAGCAAAUUGCUUUAGAAUUGA